AAAGAAGUCAAAAUAAAAAAAAAAAAAACAAAACUAAAUAUUUCAAUAACAAUGUUUCCAGAAUAACAAAAUUAGGAAAACUACAAAAUUCACUAGCUCUUGUACCUACUUUCAACUGUAUGUACUUGAAAAACGUAACAACAUAACUGGUCGCCAUACCGCAAUUCAGUUGCAUAAAAGCUGGUCCAAGAUUCUUUCAGGGCGACAACGGACUGCUGCUGCACUUUCUACAAAAUAUUGCAAUUGACAACAAAUGGGUUUACUGCUGCACUUUUUCAAAUGGGACAAGCGUUGGCAACUGCUGCAUAAAUGUGAUAUAUUAGUGAAGCGAAACGUUAAGAAGCAGGCCGUCAGUCCAACCAAACUAGCCGAGGUUGGCCGUCUGUUAGAAGCAAAGGAAGGCAAAUACGAUACCGGGCAGCUGUUCUUGCAUCGAAUCUUUGGCUAUCGCGGUGUUAUACUCUUUCCAUGGACGGCUCGCGUCUACGACCGCGAUUCGGACAAUCCUAAGAAGCAGACAACGGCAACAACAACGCCGACGCCGACACAAUGCGCCAAAGAAGCUUCACCACUGAGAGUUAACGCGGGGAGCAGCGAAGGCAGCGGGACAACAGCUACCUCACAGCUCGAUGAUGCUCCCACGUCCUGGCACGCUAGCAAUAGUGCCACUGACACGCAGAGAGCCACAAAUUUGGGUACCGCCAAAACGACAACUAAUGGCGCCACGAGCAGUGCUACUGAUGCCAAAGAUGUUAAGGGCAAAACGCAAACCUUUUAUCAGGUGCUGAUUGAUACCAGGGACUGUCCGUAUAUUCGGGCCCAAACUGAGGCUGUCACCUUCUUAGGUAAUCAGGAUUCGAAUCGCAGCUUGUAUGCGAUUCCUGGAUUGGAUUAUGUUGCACACGAUGACAUCAUGCCAUAUUCCUCAACCGAUAAGCAUCCGUUGCAGCACGAACUCUUCGACAAGUUUCUAACAAAUGCUCCAGAUUCUGAGCCGCCAUUUGUGGGUCAAGAUACCCUCAAAGCGUGGCAGGAAAAGAAUCAUCCAUGGCUGGACAUGAGCGAUGUGCACAAGGAGACAACCGAAAAUGUGCGCAUCACCGUGAUACCUUUCUAUAUGGGCUGCCGCGAAACCCCCGCAUCUUCGGUUUAUUGGUGGCGGUAUUGCAUACGUUUAGAAAAUCUGGGUGAACUCAGUGUGCAGUUGCGUGAACGGCAUUGGCGUAUAUUCUCAUUGUCGGGUACUCUGGAAACAGUGCGCGGUCGCGGGGUUGUUGGCCAGGAGCCCAUACUGAGUCCGCGACUACCAGCUUUUCAAUACAGUAGCCAUGUGAGUCUACAGGCACCCAGCGGUCACAUGUGGGGAACUUUUCGAUUGGAGCGCGAGGAUGGGUACGCGUUUGACUGCAAAAUACCGCCGUUCUCGCUCGAAUCAAAGCCGGACGAUGCUAGCACGCCACCGAUCGGGACGCCCGCAGGCGAAGAGAGUGAUUAAAGAAAUAUAAUAGACUAGUUGUUUCGUGGUUAACGAUAUUCAAA